UUGCACAGGUUAGAGAUGUCUGCACAGAGGUUAAUUUCCAACAGAACAUCCCAGCCAUCUUCAUCCAAUUCUGAUUAUACUUGGGAAUAUGAAUAUUAUGAAAUUGGACCAGUUUCAUUUGAAGGUCUGAAAGCCCAUAAAUAUUCCAUUGUCAUUGGAUUUUGGGUUGGUCUUGCUGUCUUCGUGAUUUUCAUGUUUUUUGUACUGACUUUGCUGACCAAAACAGGAGCACCACACCAAGAAAAUGCAGAACCUUCUGAAAAGCAUUUUCGAAUGAAUAGUUUUGUUACUGAUUUUGGAAGACCUCGAGAGCCAGAUAAGGUAUUUUCUCGCCCAGCAACCGCUGAGUCCAGAUCUCUCUUCCAUUGUUACAUCAAUGAAAUGGAACAGUUGGAAAGGCCAAAGAUGAGUCACACAGCAACAGCUAUGGAUGCUGAUGAACUCUUCCAGGAGGGAUCCAGAAGCAGUGGCAAACCAGACGAGGAAGACCUAGCCCAGAUGACCAAAUUCAACAUCCCUAACUUUGUGCACACUGACCCAAACUCCUCCUUUGGGGAAGAUGAUCUCCUGAUUUCUGAGCCACCAAUUGUUUUAGAAAACAAGCCAAUAGCUCAGACCUCCCAGGAUGUCCUAGAUUAA